AUUUGGCGCAACGCAGUGAUAUAUUGUAAUUAAAUAUAUUAAAAGCAAUUCUAUAUUCUUCCUUUGCUUGAAUUUCUUCUAUAUUACAUUUCAAUGUUUUAAUAUUUGUCUAUUAUUCCAAACAGGGAGGAGAAACAUUGCUAAAAACGUUGCAAAUAUCACUCUGGUUGUUAUGCGACAUAACCUAAAAUCUUUAUCAAACAAUUUAAGUGAUUUAAGUUUCAAAGUUCAUAGUUUUGUAAAAAUACUGUAUUGUUAUAUCAAAAAUAUUUCUAUUAUAUGAUUUUUUAAAUUUCAAUAAUGUUACACUGGAAUUUUUUAUUAAAAGCAACAAAGCGAAGAGAAAUUUUCCAAAUACCUCAUCGUUGUUUAAAUCUCCUAGAAUACCAGAGUAAAAAUCUUUUAAGAAAAAGUAAUGUUGCAAUCCAGGACUUCUGUAUGGUUGAUAAAAAUGGAUUUCAAGAAUUGGAUAAUUUUUUUGUCAAGGAAUAUGUGGUGAAAGCACAAAUAUUGGCUGGUGGUAGAGGAAAAGGACAUUUUGAUACUGGGUUUAAAGGAGGAGUCCACAUCACUCAAAAACGAGAUGAAGUACCAAAAAUAGCCAGUCAAAUGAUAGGUCACAAAUUAAUAACAAAGCAAACUCCAAAAGAUGGAAUAGAAGUAAGCAAAGUUAUGAUAGCAGACAGUGUAAAUAUCAAAAGGGAAACUUAUGUUUGUAUUUUAAUGGAUAGGCAAAGAAAUGGACCAGUUAUUAUAGCUUCGCCCGCAGGAGGGGUAGAUAUUGAAGCAGUAGCAGAGAAAACUCCCCAUCUUUUAAAAAACCUUCCCAUAGAUAUUUAUGAAGGGAUCACUGAUAAAAUGGCAGAUGAAAUAGCUGAGUUUUUAGAAUUUAAAGGAGAACUUAAGGCUAAAGCCAGUGCUGAAAUCAAGAAACUCUGGCAGUUAUUUGUAGCCAUAGAUGCCACACAGCUAGAAAUUAACCCUUUGGUUGAGACUGAUGAUAAAAAGGUUAUAUCUGUAGAUGCCAAACUUAAUUUUGAUGAUAAUGCCAAAUUCAGACAGAAGGAAAUUUUUGCAAUGGAAGAUGUUACUGAAAGUGAUCCUAGAGAAGUAGAAGCUUCCAAACAUAACUUGAAUUACAUCGGAAUGACGGGUAACAUUGGGUGUUUAGUAAAUGGUGCUGGCCUUGCAAUGGCAACAAUGGACAUCAUCAAACUACAUGGUGGAGAUCCAGCAAAUUUUUUGGACGUAGGAGGUGGAGUGAAAGAAGAUCAAGUGAAGGCCGCCUUUAAAAUAAUCACAUCUGAUGUAAAUGUUAAGGCAGUUUUAGUAAAUGUAUUUGGGGGCAUUGUCAACUGCUCAACGAUAGCUAAUGGUAUCGUGGGGGCCCUAAAAACUAUGAAGUUGAAAAUUCCGUUAAUUGUUAGACUUGAGGGUACCAAUGCAGUUGAGGCUAGGCAAAUCAUUAGUAAUUCGGGACUUGAUAUUAUAACUGCCGAAGAUUUGGAUGACGCAGCUAAGAAAGCUAUCCAUAGCAUUUAAUAUUAUUGCCAAAAAGAAACAGACUGAAUUUUGUCUUUUAAUGUUGUUAGAUGUAUGUACUAUUUUUAUAGUGUUAUCUUUUAGCUAGUAUUUCGUUUCAGUAAAAAAUUAUAAUUUAAUGUUUUCAUCAAAAUGAUCUAUCAACUUUUAGAGUAGUUUAUUACAAAGUAACGGUUGAUAUCCAUCUUCCGCAUAUCUCCUACAUUCUACAUAUAUAAAUAAACAUAUUUAGUUGUUUGGUUUAUUUUUACAUCUCAACAGAUUGCAGUCCCAUUUAUAGAUAUGUUCUGUAUUGUUCAACAAAUGACAAUAAUUUUUUUAUCUCAUAUGCAUUUACUAAAUAUUACAAUCAGUAAAUUACAACAAAUAAAUGUAGGUGUCUUAUACAAUUUUAUAAAACUAUUUUAUAUUUUUUAAAUAGAUGCACAACAUUGUUAGAUUUAUUUUUAAUAAAAUGUUGAAAAGUAUUUGUU